UCGAGGAUGAAAAUGGCGGUGGCGAGAGAUCAACGCGAGAAUUAAACACACAAAUGACCAUUUGACGUGGAUGACAGCGGCACUGCAGCUCCGCGAGCGACUAAAGAAGCGUCUCAUCGUCAAGCGAGUGCAUUCACGAGAGCAAACACCCGGAGUUUAACGAGAAGAAACUGCGUCCUGGUUUUAAAAUAGCUGCUGAAAUUAGCCCGCUAACCUCGUUAGCGUAGCCAGCCUUCAACCGAAGGGUUUAACGGACACCACAGCACCACACUUACGGAAUUAUUCUACCAGAACAAGAUGAACUGCGCAUUUCUCGACUUACCUCUCAUAUGCAAGCUCAGCCGCUGGCGCUGGGCUUGCAGAAAUGUUUGCAUCUGACUGAAUGCAUAACUAAUCGCUCCAUCUGGCUGUAUUAGCCAGCAAACAACAUCCUCCAGGAUUCUCAAAGUUCACAUAGCAUCUGAAGAGGAGAUCGGACUGAACAGGUUGGAUUGAGCGCCCUUUACCUCCCCCCUCCCCUAGUGGGAUGGUUCUGCAUGACAGGGAGGGUAUGGUUCUUUAACCCCCCUCUCUGUCCUCCAGGUCCCAUCCUGUAAACCCAGUGGACCACAGCCAUAGUGUUCCCCUCAAUGAACAUCCUUCAGGAGCUCUAGAUCAACUGCCAUUGGUCAUCCAUUUAGUGCUGCCUCCCCCCGGUGGGAUGGUUCUGCAUAACAGGGAGGGUGUGGCGCCGUAGCCCCCUCUCUUUGACAUCUCUCCCGCCUCAUAAACCCAGUGGACCACAGCCAUAGUGUCCCCUUCAAUGAACAUCCCUUUGGAGCCCUAGACAAAGUGUGCAAAUGCUCAAAAUGAGUGCUGCAGGGGAGAGUGCACUCGACCCCAACAUCUUAGAGUCACGGAAGAGGAAGGGCUCUCCAUGUGAUACCUCUGGUCCCAGUGUGGAGAAGCGGCGGCGGGAGCUGGAGUGCCGCUACAUUGAUGAACUGGCUGAGUUGCUGUCGGCCAACAUGAGCGACAUUGCCAGCUUGAACGUGAAGCCGGACAAAUGCCACAUCUUAAAAAGCACCGUGGACCAGAUCCAGCAGAUCAAACGGCGCGAGCAGGAGAAUGCAGCUCUGAUGUCUCCAAAUGAUGAGGUGCAGCAGAGUGACAUAUCGUCCAGCAGUCACGGCAUGGUGGAAAAGGAAGCUCUUGGGCCUCUUCUCUUAGAGGCCCUGGAUGGCUUCUUUUUCGUUGUGAACCGUGAGGGCCGCAUUGUGUUUGUCUCUGAGAACGUCACCGGUUAUCUGGGUUAUACCCAGGAAGAGUUGAUGACCUCCAGCGUCUACAGCAUCCUUCAUGUGGGAGAUCACAACGAGUUUGUGCGCAUUCUGCUGCCCAAGAGCCUUGUAAACGGUGUACCAUGGUCUCAGGAGCAAGGCCGGAGGAACAGCCACACGUUUAACUGCAGGUUGCUAAAAAGGCCUCCAGACGAGGUGGACUCAGAGAACCAGGAGGCCCGACAACAGUAUGAGCUCAUGCAGUGCUUCACAGUCUCUCAGCCCAAAGCGCUGCAGGAAGAGGGCGAGGACCUGCAGAGCUGUUUGAUCUGUAUAGCAUGCCGAAUACCCCGUCCACCUCAAAUCCCUGUUAGUACCGAGUCCUUCAUCACCAAGCAGGACCCUACAGGGAAAAUCAUCUCUAUUGAGACGAGUGCUCUGAGGGCCACAGGCCGACCAGGUUGGGAGGAUCUGGUCAGGAAGUGCAUCUACGCUUUCUUCCAGCCUCAGGGCAAUGAACCCUCCCAUGCCAAGAAGCUGCUUCAUGAGGUGAUGACCCACGGCAUGGCCAUCAGUCCUCUGUACCAUUUCACACUCAGUGACGGGACAUCCCUCAGUGCGCAGACGCGCUGCAAAUUCUGCUGCCCCCAAAACCCAGACGUACAGCCCUUCAUCAUGGGCUUUCACACUAUAGACAGGGAACACAACACUGCUAGCUCUCAGGAAAACACUACCCCCAGCCUUUCGUCUCCUGCUGCUCCCCCUUCCCGCUCGCCUGCCCUGCAGCCCUCCAGUGACCUCAGCAUCCAUCUCAACAACACCAACGGCACCUGUGCCACUCCCGGCCCCCUCACGCCCACUCCACCAGGCUACCUGACGCCCAGCCGUGUUGGGCCCUCGCAGCAGGUCAGCAGCCCCUCUCCACUAGGCAGCCCUCUUACAGCAACCCCUACCUCAUUCAUGUCGCCCCGACCUCCACGGGGCAGCCCGGGUCUGGCCAGCAGCCCACGAGUGCCCGGACAUCCAUUCUCCCCCUCAGCGCCCAGCAUCCACUCGCCAGCUGGUGGACUAACCAGGCAGCAGUCUGGCGGCGAUGGUGUCGGUUUCUCGCUCCCCUCUCCUUUGCCCCCCAGACAGACUCCAACUCCCAGCAGCUCGCCGGCAAGGCAGCCUCCCGCCAAACCGCCCGAAGCGUCCAAUGAUGAGCCUAAAAGCAAUCAAGUCGGCAACCCCAAGCUCAGCCAACUUUUGGAUGGCUCAAGCACCCCCGAACAAGACUCACAACCCCGUCCUUCACCCACGUCCCAAUGCCCGGCCUCUCACAGCAGCCUAACAGAGCGGCAUAAGAUUCUGCAUCGGCUGCUUCAGGACAAUAGCCCUGCAGAUGCGGGCAAAGAGCCGGAUAUUAAGAAGGAGCCCCCAACCAGUCCCAACUCAGCCUUGAUAGCACGGGGACUCGGGAAGGAGCCCCAGGACCACCAGCUGCUACGUUUCCUGCUGGAUACGGAUGAAAAAGACCUGGAGGACUUGCCACCUCCGGCCACCCUCAGCCUUCAGACGGUAAAGGUGAAGGCCGAGAAGAAAGGAAGCAGAGAGAAUGUGUCCUGUGCUGCUGCUUUGGCCAACAACGCCAUGCCUGGCUCACCUCAAUCCAGUGGCAAGGCCAGCCCGCAGUUUCCCAGUACCGAUCUGGACACUUUGAACCAGCUCUUGCCCACUCUGAGAACCUCUGUUGGAGGUAAAACUGUAGAGGAGCCCAGCGAGGACAGCCUUUCCAUUGGGGUCAAUGUGAAGAGAGAGUCACCUGGAACAUCAAGCCAAGCAUUCCCUGAUGGAGAAAACCUCCCGAGUCAGACCUCUUUUGACUUUUGUGACCCCUCCACACCAAACCAGGGUCAGAGUCAAGUCCAGGUGUCGGAUCUUGGACAGACAGAGCUGUUUCAGCCACCCAAGGAGAGCAGCAGCCCCUUUGCCAGUCCAAGAAGCCUCAACUCUUUCAACACCAACACAGGUCUGGCCAAACUGGAGCUUCCGGACUCUCAGCAGUUCCAGGCUUUGCCUCUGGUUGAACCAAUGACCUUUGAUAACAGUUUGGCCAACCAGACACAGGCCCCUCUGUCCUCUCCUCAAGAGCAGUGUGUCCCGUGUCCGCUGGAUGAGAUGCUGUGUCCUCCUACCACCCCAGAGGGUCGAAACGACGAGAAGGCUCUACUGGAGCAACUAGUCACUUUCUUGAGCCACACUGACGAGAGCGAGCUGGCAGAGCUGGACAGAGCGCUAGGCAUCGACAAGAUUGUUCAAAGUGGAUGCCUCGAACCAGUCACCCAGACCCCCUUUCCUCAAUCUCAACCCCCAACACCCGUACCCUUGGACCCCAAACUGCCCAGCUACCCCUCUCAGUUCCCCACCUCGCCCUCACAGUUUCCUGCUGAGAUGGCCACCGCACAGGGCAUAAGUUUUGGGGCCCCACGGAUGCCGUUUCCAGGCAACGUGGUGCAGCCCGGCAUGAACCGAGCUCCCGGUGUGUCCAACCAGCUCCGGCUACCUCCAAACCAGCUGAGACUCCAACUCCAGCAACGCCUGCAAGGCCCACAGCAGCUCCAGAACAGGCUGGCAGCCAUGGGCUCCUUCCCCCAGGGGGGGCAUGUUGCCAUGGGGAUGCGUCAGAGCAUUCAGCAGCCUCAGAUGCCCUCUCAGCCUCCGCUGAAUGCUCAAAUGAUGGCCCAGCGGCAGCGUGAGGUCUACAGUUACCAGCACCGCCAGCGGCAGCUUCUGCAGCAAAAGGUCAUGCUAAUGAGGCAGGGAAUAAACACAGGGCCCCUGGGGGCUCAGAGACUUCCUAAGGGCCCCCAGCAGCAGCAGCCGCCGCCACCGCAGCAGCAGCAAUUUGGCUUUCCUCCAGGAUACAACGCUGUGCCUGGUAACACCCCUACCUCCCCGAGCCACUUUAACCCUAUGGGAGGACCUCUGGACCCAAAGCUAUCUGCCAGGGCAGGCCUGGGGAACCAAGGCAUUAUGGGAGCCAUUCAAGGGCAGUUUGGGGGGCCUGUGAACACUCCUGUUCAACAGGGGCUUUUCCAGCAAUUUGGGGGGCCUGGCAUGAUUCAGCAAGCAGAUCCAUCGUUUGCUCCUGAGCUCAGCCCCACCAGCCCCCUGCUCUCACCUCAGAACUCCACCUCCCAGAGUCCUCUGCUCCAGCAGACACAACCUCCACCUGGUUACCAGUCACCUGACCUCAAGACCUGGCAGCAAGGGACUGUGGCAAACAACAGUAUGUUUAACCAGGUUGGUCCGCCGGUCUCUCAAAGCUUUGGGCAGCAGGGCGUUUAUAACAACAUGAGCAUCACCGUGUCAAUGGCUGGAGGCUCUGGAGCAGUGAACACUCUACCUCCUAUUGGUCCAUCUGUCGGCAUGGGCAACAGUAACCUUGGCAACGUCACUACAAUGUGUAAUGAGCAGGUACAGCAGGUUCAGGUGUUCGCUGAUGUCCAGUGCACGGUGAACCUGGUGGGCAGUGACUCCUAUCUUAACCAGUCGGGGCCCAUCGGAUCCCAAAAGGGCCCGAGCGGAACCCCCAGUGCCCAGUCCCAGCAGAAAAGCCUCCUCCAACAGCUCCUUACCGAGUGAGAGCCGCCACCAUCCGCCAGAGGACAGUCAGUCUCCUCAUGUAGAGAUUUUUAUCCUUCACCUUUGGUUUCUAUACAGUAUAUCUGCAGGGUCGUGUCUGGGGCCCAGGCUUGAGAGGUUUCAUAGCUGUUCGACUAAGUGCUCAUUCCUGGUCACCUUUUUAAAGCGUCAGUUUCCGGAAAAGAAGAAACAAAAAAGAGAGAUCACGUUCCAGAAUUUGCCAAGUCUGUAUAAAAACAAACAAAAAAAGUAAUUAAAAACACGGACCUGCUGCUUCAGCCGGCUACACGUCCUGUCGGUCAGGCCAAUGUUGCAGUGCUUCUUGGAGAGCGGCGCAGCAGCUGAGCUCGGAUUGGAAACUGGGGCGGGCCGUUGCCAUGCUGUUGCUAAGUUCAUGGCAUAUUGCUCAGUUUCAGCUGGAUCUGUGACUGAUAGGCUCUCCUCAGCAGUGCCUGAUGAUGGGAGGAAUUUCCCGCCUCUUUUUAUUUGUUAGUCUGUUCUGUUUGUUGUCGUUCUCUUUGUUUUUCGUUUGUUUUCAGAACAAGCAUGGCCAGGAUGGGAGACUGCUCUGUAGCGUGUAUCCGUUUGCUGCAGGCUUUCCUGGCAACACUGUUUUGAAACGGCAGACUUUUUUUUGGGUUUGUUUUGUUUUUGUUUUGAAACAAUGUCCAACACAUUUCCCCCCUCAGCAGCUGUGAAUACGAGCCACUUAGGGUCAACUCAGCCUAUCAGUGUUGUUUGCGGCGACGUGUUGUGCAGGUUGGUAUUAUUGUACAGCACAAAACGGACAAAGUUGGGACAAGCUCACACUUUGUAAUUUCCUUAAACACCAAACAUCGUCAAAUCCUCUUGUUUUUUUUUUAAGUUGUUUAUUUUCCGGACGCAUCAACGUAACAUCUUUUCUAAUGGCUUUGUGAAUCACUUUUUGUUAUUUAAAACAAACAAAAUCAUCCAUCAGAAUCUCGCAUGCUCGCAUAUAUAUAUAUAUAUAUAUAUAUAUAUAUAUAUAUAUAUAUAUAUAUAUAUAGCGACGUGAGAGAGACUCGAGUUUUAACAAUCGAUACAUUGCUUAUCGAACACCCUGGUAAAUGAAACCAACCCUCUGUUGCAUUGUACGCAAUGUAGAUUGUACAUUGAUUUUCAUUUUACAGUUGAGUGUUUCAAGGACGCUCUUGAAAACCACAGGUGCUCUCUCUCGACUGGAGGAGCGAGGUAUUGUUCUCCAGCUCUUUGACUGCUCAUGAGACUACUGUUGCCCAGUCAGACACUGUUCAUCAGCAUUUACCUACUAGUCAUGCCCUGUUAAGAAUCGGAUUGGAACCUAGUUUGCGUAAAAAUCCAUUCUUUUUUUAUUACUAUUAUUAUUAUUUUUAAUCUAAGCUAUCGAAUUGACAUGCCCACUGUGGUCAAAAUUGAUGUCUCACUGUGUGAGCACGAGGUAUUUCACGAAUCGUGCAACAUAAAUUGGAGCACAACUCGAAAUCGUGUUGCAUGCGCGAGCGUUUGCAUCUCCCCGUCACUAUUUUCCAUUCUCUUUUAACAGUGUUCUUUUUGUUCGUGGAGUUCAAGUGCCGUGUCUUUGUGCGUGUGCUGUGUAUACAAAGAAUGGCUCUUUUUCUCCAGUGCUAAAGCAGCUCCAAAAUUUCUAAAGAAGAUCCGACGUUCAUCUAUGGAAGCGUGUGCUGUUGAGAUCGAGCCACUUUUUGCUAUAUAUAAAUGUACAUAGACAUUACAAAAUGCGAGAAGAAUUGACAAAUAUGUAACGUUUUUAAAAAGUCAACGUUUUUUCUCUCACUGAAAAAAGGCAGAUGUCGUAAUUCUUAUUAAUUUCCGCCCUCCCCUAUCGGGGAACAGGCAUUCCUGUAUAGAUGAAAUGGUUUUUAUGCAGUGGAUAAGAUUCAUUUAAUGAACCCUUCCUGUCAUCAUUACCGUGUUUAUGCCAAAUAUACCAAACUAGCAAACAGCGCCUAUUAAUAACGUUUUGAUUUUGUUUUCCAUCGUUUUGUUUUCUCGUUUAUAACGGCUCUCACAGUCAGUACACAACAUCAUGGUACAAUAGAACCUGGAUUAUCAAAGUAUUGUGUAUAUAACAGAUAAAUGUGAAUAUGUAUCUGUUCAGAAUCAACAAAAUGUAGUGCUCCGAGUUUGUGGUAAUAACUACUUGCUUCCAUUUUAUUUCCUUUCGAUUUCGUAUUUUUUUUCGAAAUGCGUAUGGCUGUGUGAAAGCGUGUAUGUGUGUGAUUAAUACUGUAUAUCUGGUGUUUAAAAUGGAAAAAAACAAGACAAAUGUCCUCAUUUUGAUUUUUUUUUUUUCGUUUCUUUUUAUUGGAAAAUACCUACAACUUUUCCUGUGGGUGUGUUAAGAUUUGCUCUAUAUGUGAGAAUGGUUUAGCGACUGCUGAAUGUGACUUUGCUGAGGGAGAAGCAGCAUGGACUGGCUUUUGUACGGGUUAAUUUAAGAAAAAAAAGGCCAUAUUAUUUAAUUUCUCUGUUGUCAAAGUUUAAACAGCUCUGAUAAAGUGGAACCUUGACGAUUUGAGAACGACGCCAGCUCUUUGCGGUAGGGUUUCGUCAAACUGCCUGAUGUAGUUUCGCCAUGUGUAAUAAACGCUCUUAUGACAAGAACGGAAUAAUGACCAAAGCUUCAAAAUACUAAAAAACCCAUAUCAUAUGCAAGGUUCGUGCUAUUGGACAAAUGUAGCAUCGGAGAGUCUUUGUUUCAUUUUUACCCGAAUAGGCGUCCCGUCAUGUUUAUAACACUAGCAUUUUGUUCUCGAAUUUAUAGUUUGGACAUUAUUCCCCCUAGCUUGUUCAGAUCCUUUUGCUACUAAUCUACCAAACACCUCUUCGAAGUCAGUGUUUUCAGGAAGACCGAUUUCUAACCCCUAGCUAUGCAUCUGUGGAGGUUACAUUCAAAAAAACUGACACUGACAAAAACGGAUUGCUUUGAGUGCAGUAUGCAUGCUAACGCUAAGUAUCUGUUAUUUUGUUUGGUUAACUCAAGGAUAUGUACAUCAUUUCGUAGUUCGAAACUGAGCUACUCGGGCUAAAAACAACAACGAGAUGCAACUAGAUAUUUGACUUUAUUUAGCUGGAUUCUUUAUACCAAAUUUGAGGUGCCUCUUGUACAUAUUUUCAGCAACGAGGACUGCUCCUCACCGUUUGAUGAACGUUUUCUUGUUUAUGAGGAUUUUCUUAUAUAUACUGACCUUUGUAAGACUUUUGCUGUAUUUUACAUGAAUUUUUUACUAAAAAACCUAAACGUACCAGGAACUUGCAAGGAAUACAAUCUAGUUUUGCACUUUAUACAUGAAUUACAAAAGGAAAGAGGCCAUCGGAAAUCUAAAUAUCGGGAAACUAAGACUAAACGAAUCCCCUCCCCCCCACUCCCCGCUUGAAUGUAUUGAACGCCAUUUUGCUUCAAACGCGUCUCAGGUUCUUCGGGAAGAACUUGGCUUGUCAGGCCAUCGUCAUCGGAUCCCUUAAAAAGAAAGAAGGAAAAGAGCGGGAUCUUUUUCUGCUGCAGAACCGUCGAUUUAACUAUGCCUAUAUCUAUCUAUCUUCAGGUGCUCCAUGUCCCCUUUACCCCGACCUCCUGGCUUUAUCGUUUUGAAGACAUUCCUCACCCGACACCGCUUCGUGUUCAGUGCCAAGUGCUAGAAACCAUUUAUGCAACUUCGUACAAUCCGCAUUUCCUCAUCGACCACCACCACACACUCUCCUCCUCAUUCACGCGCCAUCAUCUACAGUAGCUCUACUGUUUACCUGAGAUUUUUCGCAUAUUGUAAGUGCUGCCUUAUUGAUAUCUUCAGAUAUUGGUUGUAUCGGUGAAGGAAGUCGCGUGUUCGUAGCUCCGCCCCAAACGGCGCUCGUUCUCUGGAGGCGAGGUUCCACUUUUCACCUGUCAAAUUAAUAUAAAUAAACAAAUAUAUAUAGAUAUAUACAUUUUACUCAUUUUGUCCAGUUUUGUAUAAUACUUUUUUGUGAACUUUUGGUUUUCGUUUCUUAAGAGGUAUCAUUGCAGCUGUGUGUGGGACAUUAUGAAUGAAGAUGUAUCUGGGAGACUUCUGCAUGUUUUGUCAUGUUUUAUUUUUAUUUUUGUUUCCUCUAUAUCCAGGUUUAUCUGGAGAAUCCUACCUUUCUUAGGACGUUGUAGACAAUCAGUCACAUGCUGGGUCCAGCAGCUGCGGGAUUGUCCCGCGGGCUGCAAAACUGUGUUUCGCAUCUAGUGAAUCAGUCUUAUUUUUUUUUUUUUUUUCUCUUGUCCAUUUCAUGGAAUUAUGUGGCUGCUCAAACUGAGAUUUGAAGUUUACACACAUACAUUUACACACAUUGCAUACACGUACACAAACAAGAAACAUUCACUCACACCUCGUGCAUAUGGCCCCUUUGUUGCUUUUCCAAGGUGAAGAUACAUACCUUGAAGGAAAUUAUGCUUUGACUAACAAAUCUCUAUAACAUCCAUGAAUGUGAGAAUGCAACACAUUGCAAUAAAGCACCAUGUAAAAAACA